GGGCAAACGCAGACUUUAAACAAACGCCAACUUAACUUAUUCAGUGCUGCAAUUCGAUUCCCAUUUUGCUUCCCUCUCCUCCAGCAGCAGUGACGCAGAGUGAGUGAGUGUUAGGGUUUUAUACCGUUAACCUUACUGCCCAUUAGCAUCACCUACAAUACAAUACAAUACAAUUGUUUUUUCGCAGAGUGAGUGUUAGGGUUGGUUUUAUCAGACCGACCCUUCCGGAGGGUUUAAUUUCCUCACUAAAAAAACCCACAACAAUGAGUAGCUCUCGGGAGGAAUCUCCUGAUUGGUUGCGUACCUUCCAGGCGCCAACUCAAUCAAUUCUGACACUAUCUUCGGGUUCUGAGUCUUCCCCAAAUGACAGUCCUUUGAGGGAGGAUGGAACAAGUGAGAAGAAACCAUCAUCUUCUAAGGAAACAUCGCAGUUUGCGGAGAAAGAUGAAGAUCAAGAUACACGUCCUUGUGGUCGUGGUGAUGAGUCUGCAUCCACAAAGACUUUGAAAGCUAAGCCUCCAACUAAAAAACGGCCAAAAGUAGAGCAUACAUCAGUGAAAAAGAAGAAGACAAAUAAUCGUAGCAAACCAGGUAAUGAUAUAGAGAAUGGCAGUGAUGAGAAAGCUACUAAGCAAGAAAAGUCUGAGAAGCACAUUGAACCCAAUGUGCCAAAUAAUUCAGUUUUGACCUUGUCAUCAGAUUCAGAGUCUCCUCAUAGUAGCCCGAUUAGGGAAGGUUCUAAAGAGAAAUCUCCAAAAAGAGGGCUGAAAAACAAAGAUCCAGUAUCAGCAAAGAAGAAAAAAGUAAAUACUGACAUUAACAAAAAAGAAAACAACGGUGAUGUGGAGGUUGCAGAAGAAGAGGUUGCUGAGAAACAUACUGAACCUCAUUUCUCCUCCUCAAGGUUGCCUUUGGUGCUCUCGGAGAAAGCUAGCCGUUCAAAGGCACUUGUUGAGUGUGAAGGUGAAUCAAUAGAUUUGAGUGGUGAUGUGGGUGCUGUUGGUCGAGUAGUUAUAUCAGAUAACCCAUCCGGAAAUCAAGAAAUGUUCUUAGAUUUGAAAGGAACUAUAUACAAAACAGCCAUAGUUCCUUCCAGGUCUUUCUGUGUUGUUAGCUUUGGUCAGUCGGAAGCAAAGAUAGAGGCUAUCAUGAAUGACUUUAUCCAGCUGAAACCUCAAUCUAAUGUUUACGAGGCUGAAACCAUGGUUGAAGGAACACUGGAUGGAUUCUCAUUUGAUUCUGAUGACGACGCUGACAAGAUGCCUAAAACCGUCACUAAUCAGACUGAUCAAAAUGAGGGCGAUGGAGAGCAAUCCAACACAAAAACUAAAACAAAAGCUGAAAAGACAUCAGGGGUCUUGCGAAAAAGGGGUGGUAAAGCUGCAGGAGGAAAGCCACCCAAGAAAGUAAGAAAGAAAACCCAAGCUCCAAAGAAAAGCAAGACUAAGAAAUGAGAGAUGCUACUGAAUGUGAUGAAUUAUGGUGUGUGGGCCGACAUCAAUUCUCAUUGGUGAAGGAAGAAGUAUGGUAACAACAAUUUAUAUUCCAUAAUUUGUAUUUUUUUAAUUUUUAAUUUUGACAUUUGUCGAAUUUGAAAAAGAGCAACAAGAACUUGGUCAGCAUGCCCUUUUUUUCUGGAGGGUUGUGAAAUUAUACAUGAAUUGCAAAUCAGGUUAAAGGCUGGACUUGAGAAACAAAUUACACUGUUAAAUUGAAUGGUGUGGUGGCUAACUAUGUAAAUUACAAUGAAAGUGAAUAAUGGUGAAAAUCUGAACUUCUCUUUUCUCC